AUGUGAUGCCUCGCUGAAGAAAUAUUAUGCAGUCUGCAGUUUUAUCUGGGAAUUUCUCCCCCACUGAACAUUGUGUUAUCUUAAUUGUCUUUUUAUUACAGGUGUCACAGUCACAGUGCUCCUAUGAUAAGCUUAAAUGUUGCCUAAAGAACAAAAGAGGUAUUUUAGUGAUGGAAUGUUAAAUAAAAGAGAAUGCCUUGUGAGACACUGGAGGUAAUGAGUGUUAAUUGAAUAAUUUUUGUCAAAUAUGGAUUCCUUAAGAUCAUGUGUGCUAGUAAAUUCAGUAACUUGCAGAAAUAAGAAUAAUUGCAUAAUUAUUUUAAGAGUCAGCAAAGAAAGCAACUCAUUUUCACAACCAUAAGGUGCACUUAAAAGUCUUAGAUUUUCUCCAAAAAGGACGGGGCGCCUUAUAAUGCGGCACGCCUUAUGUGUGCACCGAGUUCCAAAAUCUAUAAAUGUUGUUGUGUGAUGAGCGCUCCGCUUGACUGACUGGGAGCAUUUCCUGCCGACACGCUGCUUAUAUAGAGGAAGGUGGACGUGACUGAGGACAGCAUGCGGACCUUGGUGGUCUGUCACACAGAUCUGGACUUGUCUUGCAAUACCAAUGGGAUUACGUUGGGGUGGCUUUGGCUCAGUAGUUAGACCAGGUUCGAAUCCCUGGUACGACUGUCCGCAUGUCGACGUGUCCUUGGGCAAGACACUGAGCCCUAAUUUGCUCCCAGUGGGCCUGGCAGUGCCUCGCAUGGCAGCAGUCGGCCAUUGGUUUAUUAAUGAAAGAAAGAACAGCCGGGAGAAGAGUCUCUACCGUCACCAUUCAACUGAGUGCAAUAACUCGGAGCUUGCCAUCAUUGCGAGAGGUUUGACCAAGGAACUCCAACUGCUGGACAUCAGUGUAAACAGGACGUUCAAAGUGAAAUUGCGAGCGGUGGGCAGCCAUGGAUGACAGAUGGUGAACACAGCUUUACUAAAACUAGGAGGCAGCGCCGUGCGAGUUACGCCACAAUUUGUGAAUGGAUUGUGGAUGCUUGGGCUAACGUGUCUGCUUGCACUGUUGUUCGAGCUUUCGUAAAAGCCGGCAUCAUUUCUGAGGAGCCGCACGGCAACAGGACUGACUCCGACAAUGACAAGUGGGAACCUGGCGUGUUUGAUGGAGAACUUGCCCAGCUGUUCAUUUCGGAUACAGAACAUAAGGAUUUUGAUGGAUUUGUGGAUGAGGAUUGAUCAAAACAUAACGAACCCUCCACACUUUCACAUUAAGGCUUCACAGAAAUGAGCUGCCAAUGAACAACUUCUAGGUCUGGAGGUCUACUAGAGGGUUGGGCCUCCUCGCCAUCAUGAAAGGGCUGGGGACCAGCCAUACCAGACACCUGCCUGACUCCUUUGACCCUUCCUCCGGCCACCUAGAGGCCCUCUUCCCUCAGAAGACCAGCACCAUGCCACGCAGUCCUUAUCUGCUGAACCCGACAAUGGACCACUAUGGCACAAUGGACCCCUAUCUUUAUCCAUCAGCCAACCCAGGCUCCCUUCCACCUGAAUGCCUGCUGCCCCUCAACAACCAGCUGUCAAACAGCAGCACCUUCCCCAGGAUUCACUACAACUCCUACGAUCCAUCGGACUUCUCCCCACCUGUGGAAAGCAUUGGUGGAAUAAGAACUGGGACAUUGGGAGCUUCCAUGUCUAUGGGCAUGGGAUCAGGUAUGGGCAUGGCUGAGCUUAGUGGACGAACAUCGAUGAUUACAAGCGGCUCAGCUACUAUAUCACAUCACAUGACAAAGAACCAGACACCUCAAAGUCUUAUGGAGUUUGAUAAACAACUACCUGGUGGUCAGGAUGGCUUCAGCACCUUACAGUUCCAUAGAACAUCUGCAGUAGCUGCAGGGAAACAGCGUACAGACAGUCCUGGUCGCAUUCGUUACAUGCUGCACUCAGUGCAGAAGCUCUUUGCUAAGUCCCAGUCAUUGGAGAGCCACCACAUGAAAGGAAAUAUCAACGGACGGUCCACAGGUAGCGCCGGAGGCUCGUCGACUGACGACGGAGGAAAGCAUAACCGCAGAGCCAAAAGUAAAGAUCGUGGAACUAAAUCGGAAGCAACCGCCAAGCGACGACCACGCUCCAACAUGUCAGGUUACUGGAGUUCCGAUGAUUUGGACAGCAGUGACAUGAGCAGCUUCCACAACACAAUGGCAAUGAUGACUCUAGGACGCCCCACUGGCCAUGUGAGCCAGGAGGGCCAGAGCAGAUACAUUCAUAGCGGCUACAACACCAUCAGCUCAUCUAAAACCAACAAUGACAUGAGGUAUCAGACACUUGCUGCACCUAGUAGUGGAGGAGGAACUGGACCAGGGAAUGUGCUCAUGAAUGAUCAUGACUACAUGAAAGGAGGGUCCUGGUCUGCACUGACUAUGGGCCAGCCAAGGCAAGUGAUCCAGAAGGGCUCGGCCACUCUUGAUAGGUCCUUGCUCAAGUCCAGGUCAUGUCAACAGGAACUUACCUGCAACUACUUACAGGUUGGGCGAAGGGGGGAUUGGAGCAGCUCAUUAGGCCGCAGCGGGCGUGCCAAUGAAAUUCCAUGUCGGAGGAUGCGUAGUGGAAGCUACGUGAAGGCCAUGGCAGACAUAGAGGACAGCGAAGACUCAGAGGGGAGCCCCAAACCUUCGCCAAAGACCGCCGCUCGCCGCCAGAGCUACCUCAGGGCCACACAGCAUUCUCUGAGUGACCAGCUACCCCCACGCAACUGUCUUCCAUCUCUCAGAGAGCUCGCCAAUAACCGAAGCCUAGACAACCUUGACUGCGUUGGGGGUACAGGCUCACCUGUACCACACUGGGAUGAUGAUGACUUCAGCUAUGCCUGCAGCACUUUGGGCAGACGUAGCUGCAUGGGACAGCUCCGGGACCUGGACAUGAGUCAUCAUUAUGAGGACCGUAGCUCCGACUCCACAUUUUGUGAUUCCCGUUCCCAUUCUCAGGACAACCCAGAUCCUCUGGACUUGCCCAUGCCCACUUGCUUCCGCUCCCGCAGCCACAGCUACCUGAGAGCCAUCCAGGCGGGCUGCUCUCAAGAUGACGACGUGACUUCCGUCGACUCAGGCUCGCUCCCGCCAACUGACACCUCUGUUCGCACCUACGGCAGCAGCACCGUCUCUUGCAUCACCACCUCUAAGAAAGCUGCUCCGCCGCCCGUGCCGCCACGCACGACCUCCAAACCCUACAUUUCUGUGACGGUACAAAGCAGCACCGAGUCGUCCCAGGACAAUUACCUGGAGCAUCAGGACCAAAGGUCAGAGGUCAACAGCCAGUCCAGCCACGCGCACAGCAACUCAUCUGACAGUCUUGACAGCACGCGUGCCAACAGCCUGGCCCGGGGAUUACCUCGCCCUCCUCACAUCAUCCCCACUCCCAUCGCCAUCCCCAGAGAGCCGCUCGUCCCCACCACUGCCAACGCUUCCACGGAAACAAUCGACUCAAGCGUAGUCCUGCAUGAAUCUACGAAGUCAGGAUUGAGUAACUCUGCAGACGAGGCUCUUGUGCUCCCCGUGCCCAGACGAAAACUCUCUUCAAUUGGCAUCCAGGUUGACUGUAUACAAGAAGUUCCACGAGAGGAGAGCCCACCUUUGGCCAAGUUUCAGUCCAUCGGAGUACAGGUGGAGGACGGGUGGCAGCCCAGUCGCCCUUCUAGUAUGGCCUCCAAACAAGACACAGACACAGAUAAACAGGACAUCCCUGUCAUUCCCCACAUUAGUCAGGCCAAACCCACUGAAAAGAAAGUCAUGGUCAGUAGUGCCAGCCAAUCGUUGAGCUCCCCUCCCGAGCAGGACUCCUUAGAUAACGGUGACACCGCUGGUUACGCUUCCUCCCCUCCAACUCCCAGGCAGUUCCUCAACCGCUCCACCACACGAAGUAGCUCUUCCUCUUUCUCAGAAAGCCUCGACCCGGCGCUGGACCCGUCAUCAUUACCGCCCCCAGAUCCCUGCCUCGAAAGCGGGAAUGGGAGUAGCAGCAUUGCCCCCCAGAGUGUUAGUGGAGGGGGAACACUAUGUCGAAGAGAUGGCCACUGGUUCCUGAAGCUACUGCAGGCUGAAACUGGCCGCAUGGAAGGGUGGUGCCAGCAGAUGGAUCAGGAGACCAAAGACAACCAUCUUUCCGAGGAGGUGUUGGGUAAGGUCCGCAGUGCAGUGGGAAGUGCCCAGCUCUUAAUGUCCCAGAAGUUCCAGCAGUUCCGAGGACUGUGUGAACAAAACCUGAAUGUGAACACCAAUCCGCGACCCACACCCCAGGACCUUGCUGGUUUCUGGGACCUGCUGCAGCUCUCCAUCGAGGACAUCAGUCUAAAAUUUGAUGAGCUCUACCAUCUCAAGUCCAAUGACUGGCAGCCUGUGCCAUCUGCGGCUGUCCAGUCGCCCCCUGAGCGGAAGGACGAGGAGAAGGCACCUACUCCAGUGUCAAGGAAGGGCGCUAAAGGGCGACCGUCGCUGGGCCGCGAGAAGAGCGUUGACUCCUCUUCCGCCUCUUCUUCGGCUUCAGCGGAGAAGCAGAGGCAAGAGGCCCGCAGGCGUCUGCUGACCGCAAAGAAGGCCGCCUCUUUCCGCCAGAACUCUGCCACCGAGAGCGCAGACAGCAUUGAAAUCUACGUCCCAGAAGCGCAGACGCGCCUUUGAGGCAGACAGUGAGAGAGAGAGGAAUGUAAGGUCAGAUCAUAGGACAGAUAAGUGUCACUGAAAAAUACCUGCAAAUGGGAGAGAGAGGGGAAACCUUAGCAAUGCAAAUGACAAGAGUGGGUUAGAGUGGGGGGGAAGAGAGGCCAAAUGCCCACUUGACUGGGGUGGGGGUUGACUUAGUGUAUUUUAACUCACUUGUUUGUAGGCUGGUCCUGAAGGCAUCAUACACAUAAAUAUUGAACAUUUGUGUACUUUACUUAUUAUGAAAGCUGCCAAUGAAAACCUCUGUAGAUUAACUUUGUCAUUACUUUUGAUUAAUAUUUAUCAUGAUAAAAAUUAAGUUAAUAACCGUAUUCCUAUCACAUCCUCAAAAUAUAUUUGAAGACUGUUUAAAUCGUUAUUCUAUACUGGAUUUAAGAUCUAUUUAGAGGACGCAGCUGAGCGUUCUUGCUUUUCUGCUUUCCCUUGUCGCCAUCCUUCUCCCCAGACAGGCCAUUUUGUAGCUUUGCACAACAGCGCCUUGUGGCCACCACACACACUACACAAUACCAACCUGCUUAUGUCUGUCUUCCUUGUACUGAUUUGUUUACUUCGUUCUUCUUUUGUUUUGUUGAAGCUCAUAGAAGCUGUAGAUGAGGUUCUGAAUAUUUUUAUGAUGUGUGAUAUGAUGAAUGCCAAUUCUGACGGGGUAUUUAUAAAGUUUUUAGCACCUAAAUCUAUGUCCAAAUGUUUUGUCAAAGUGCGACGGAAAGAAUUUAUACAGGUUAGGUUUUUUUUUAACGGUUUUCAAUGAACACGUAUCUCCAUGUGAUGAGAAUCUCAAAACAGUAUUUUCAGGUUUGCAAACAUCAGUAAUAACAAUUGCCACCAUUUGUUUUCUUUAGUGAUUGUUUUCUUCAAACUCCCUGUUCAAUGCUUCCCCAAGUAUAUUCAGGGCUUUUAGAAGCUAGGCUGAGUAUGCAGGAUAACUUUUUUUUUUUUUUUUUUUUUUUUUCUCUUGCCUGCUCAACAUUCAUGACUUGUGUUUAGAAGUCCUUUUUUUAUUAUUAUUAUACAUGUCUCGAAAAGCUGUUUUUUAUUAUUAUUAUUAUCGCUCAGUCAGUCGUAUUUCUGUGCAACUCAACUGCACUUUUUUUUUUUAAUUUAAAGAAACCCUAUUUAAUUAAAGUUUUAAAUGCAUUAGCUGUUGUGUUUGCAUCAUUUCUUCAAGUGCUGCAUGCUUGCUGGAAGAUUGCUUCACCAAAGAUUAAUUCCCUUCAUUCCAUUUCAUCUCAUGCAUUUAAAUGUCAACACCAGGUAGCUCUUGCUGUGAAAAACUUAAGUUUAUAAAACUGGCUGUCAACAUUGAUAAAUGUAAAUAUCCUUUUAAUUGUUCUUUCAAACUGAGUUUUACCACACUUUGGCUGACUAGAGGGCAUAUAUAGCAUAAAGAUAUUCUCAUCAAAAACCACAAAUGUUACACUUCUUUGACUUGAAAAUCAACAUGUCAUGUUACACAGUAGACUUUAACACUACAAGUGAAGCAGCAAACCCUCAAGUCAACCCCCCCCCCCCCCCCUGUAAACAAACUGCACCUGUUUACAUGUCUUCCAAUCCAUUUUUUUCUCUGCAGAUGGUAAACAAAUUUCUUCUGGCUAAUGGGUUCAGGCGAUCUACUGCAGUGUCACUCGUUUUUUUUUUAUUUUUUUUUUUAACUUUAAUCAUUGCCACCUUUAGCCCAAAACUGCAGCCUGAGGCUUUGACUUGGAAAUAUCCCAAUGAGCUCCUUUCUUUCUCUAACUUGGGGAGAGCUUUCCAUUGAUGGUUGGCCUUUGUUUGCAGUUGGGUUUGCCUGCUGGGGAUGAGUAGGGUGAUUGCUCAGGGGUGUCAAUUGCCUGUUCCUGGGUGAAUGUCCCUUCCUUUUGACGGAGGCGAAAAGUAUCGUUAGCACCUCCAGUUCUUUUGUUUAAACUGCACUCUCUGUCGUCGACUUGAUUUGAUUUCUCACUAGUAGGGAACAGUUGUCUGACAAGUUAUUCAACUUCUAUUGGAAUAAGCAAAUAAGCACCUUCCAGCCGUGUCAGACUUGUCACUUUUUAUAUUUUGCUAUAUACUUUAUGAGGAAAUACAGCUGGAAAACAACGAUGUGUGAUCAGUAGUCCAACAUGUCUGUUGGCGUUUGGGGUCAUUUUUUACAUUUAGAAAGUCCCAAAUACAUCUGUCAGCCUGUGUCAGAUGAGCACAUAAUGUGGCAUGGAAUGAGAGAGUCCAUUUUUUCAAAGCUAUCUAAAAAGGAGACAUCAUCAUAUUCUGAUCUCAUACGUUUCCAUGAGGUCUCAUUCCAAUACACAUUUGUCUGAUCACUGAUAGCACUUGGACACACCUGUAGAUCUACAGUGUUUCCUGAUUGGGCUUAUCUAAGCUCCACAAAGUUUGCACUGCGCUGUACGCUCAUCUUGUAAAAGCUUUUGAUAUCCGUUUAAAAAUCGCCCCAGAUAGACUGAAUUUAGGCCAGGCGUUGGAAAAGAGUCUUUCAUCUAGCCUGCCAGGAAAUUCAAAGAACAAAUCAAGCAACCCACAAAUGCUCAUGAUAUAUGAUAGCAAACAUUUAUUAGAUCAAUGUAUCAUGUUGUAUUUGUUGAUCAAUCCAGGACAAACUAAAAUGAAGUUUCCCCAUUAAGCAAUCAUACACCGUCCUUAUCUGUGUCCCUCUGAGUCGUUCAGAACAGUUUCCUUAAGUUGAUUAAACUUUUCAUUUCCUAAUGACAUAGAUGUAGACUGCAACCAUAUGCUAAGCGGUUUAAUAGAGCAAGAAAGUUCAUAUACUGUAUAAAUAGUUGACCUCAACCUCUCACAUACAGUAUUCCAAAGGCCUGACUUGCAAGUUCUUUGGCAUCUUUGCUUUGUUCUGGUGAGGGAUGAAUGUUGAGGGGUGAGAGGCAGAGCCUCUGCCUCACCACAAGAGAUGAUGUAGCAAAAAAAAACUUAUUUCAUGAAGCAAGCACUUUCAAGAAAACUGAUCUGUUUGAUGUGUGUGUGGGGGUGUGUUGUUCUUUGAAAAAAUACCAUAAACCUUGUAACUAAUGAUACUCUUGAAGUAUAUGUGCAGAUGGGAAAACAAUAAUUUGAUAUUAAAAUGAUUACAGUAUUAAAGCAUCCCCCUGUGCUUCUUAAGAUCAACCUGUGUACAUAAGUUAGAUGAAUGGAUAUUGUUUACAAUGCUGUAGCUCUAUUUAUACAUUUUCAAGGUUGUUCAGUGAUUCAUGGAAAGGCAUAAAGUUCAAUAAAAAUGAUGAAGUA